CAACAAUUUGACGCGUAAUGUUUGCAUUUAUAACCUACAUAAAAUAAUUUUAGCACCGACCGGCUGUCAAAAUUUAGAAUUAACACGUAAUAUAUAGCAAUAAAAUGACAAACAAGGCAGUGACACAUGUGCUAUUUGAUGUAGACGGAUUGCUGCUAGACACUGAGAGGCUGUACACAGAAGCCACACAGAAGCUGUGUGAUUGCUAUGGCAAACAGUUUACCUGGGAUGUGAAGAAACAGGUGAUGGGCAAGAAAGAGCCUGAAUCAGCCAAGAUGAUUGUAGAUAUGCUGAAACUGCCAAUGACCGUGGAACAGUAUAUAGAGGAUAUCCACAAAGAGUAUGACACACUGUUCCCCACAGUGCCCUUAUUACCAGGGGCAGACAAGCUCAUCCGACAUCUUCAUCAACACAAGGUGCCAAUAGCUGUUGUGACGGGCUCAAAUACCAAAAGUUUUGAGCUAAAAUCUGCAAACCACAAAGAGUUCUUUUCCCUGUUCCAUCACCUGGUGUUGUCUGGGGACGAUCCUGAGGUCAAACAUGGGAAGCCGGCUCCGGAUGCAUUCCUCGUCGGUGCACAGAGGUUUAAUGAUGGCAUAGAACCAUCUAAGGUUCUUGUAUUUGAGGAUGCUAUGAACGGUGUGGAGGCUGCCCACGCUGCUGGGAUGCCAUGCGUCUGGGUACCACAUGCGGAACAAGACCGCUCAGUCAUGGAAGGGAAAACGGAGCUUAUUCUUGACUCCCUUGAACACUUUAAACCUGAGGACUUUGGAUUACCACCUUAUGAUAGUUGAUAAUGGGUUUUUGUUGUUUUGGUUGUUACUUAAAUUGACCGUAGAUUAUAAUGUGAAUAGUAAUCUGAUGAUAGGUUCUAAGUCAAAUUAAAAUUUUAUUAGUUUGUCUGUUGUUUUUUUAAAGAUAAAAAAUAAGUAUUGAAAAACACACUUACCUAAAUUUGUUAAAGGUAAUUAAAUGGUACACAUGUUGCCAAAGACAAUACAUAUACAAGAAAGCCCCUUACUCUGGCUUUAAUAAUUGAUGAGCUAUACCCAUUUUCUGACUGAAAAACGACAGAGGAGCGUUUGUGUUCACUGUGCAUUAAUAACAUGUUUGCAUAGACAAUUAUAUUGAUACCAACCACUGUGAUACAUAAUAAAUAUUUUUACCACUACA